UGACAGGAAAUGUUAAAAAUUUAUUAUUUAUUACAAUUAUUGCUGACCUUAUUUUCUAUAGAAUAUUUGGUUGAAUUGAAAAUUUCAAGUGUCCAUCUAUACAGUAUAAAAAUUAAUCAACGGUGUAUUCAAUUGUGUUCUAUUUUCUAAAUGUUUUAUCAAUAGCAGUGUUGAACUCUUGACCUACUUAUGAACGUCUUUGUAUAUAUAAUAUUUGUGCACAUAAUUUCUGGAUGCGUAUUGUGUAUAUCAAAGGAUUUAAUUUUUAUUAUUAAUAUCUUUUAAAAUGAAGCAGUUUGUAUGUAUUAAGCUAAAUGUUGAAAGCUGACAAUGGACAAACAUUCAGGAAAGAAUUCAAGAAUUACUAUUUAAAAUACUGCCUCUGGAUGACUGGGUUUAUAUAUUUUUUCAGCCCGAAUACAGUCGAGUUAGGAAGUUCUCUAAUAAAGACACCCCAAAAUUAAAUUUUGGUGGCAACUUCACUCAUUGCCAUCGUCACUUUGAUAUAUCAACAACAGAUCAAAGGAGUUCAUUACGCCAGGACAUUUUAAACUCUGUUAUAAAAAGAACUCAGUCUAUAAUGCUGGAGAGGGACAAUAUGGACAACCCUUUGUAUGAAGAUCCUAAGGAUGUUAUUGUGGAAAAACCACCAAAACCUCCUCGUAAGAGAAACAUGCAAGGAAUAAUGACGUCGCCUCGUAAAGAUGGCAAGUCACUUAGAGAACAGAAGAGAAAGUUAACGAAAAAGUAUGAGAGCCUUAUAAGUGCAUUGAUGGAUAGAUGUGAAGAGAGUGUGGUUGUGAUUACACAGAAGGAAUCACAGAUAACAAAACUCAGAGAGAAAUUAAAAACUGUAUUAGAAUACAACAGUUUGUUUGCAAAUGAGAAUGACAGACUCAAAACUGAACAUACAACACUAGUGAGUUACAUAGAAGAAUGCAAAGAAGUUAUAAAAGAAGAAAGGAAGAAGAAUGUUGAAAAUGAGAAGAAACUUAACAAUCUCAAUGACAGAGUCAAACAUUACGAAAUUCCUGAUAAAGAACCUUCCACCGUACCGCUAGUGGAGGUCUGUAUGAGUUGCAGCAGUCGCCAGAUAGUACUGAACCAGGCUCGCGAACAAAACACACGUCUCCAGAGGGACAUGCAAGCUAUGAAAGAUGUCUUAUACAGGCUGAAUGUCCAACUCUCGAGAUAUCAAGAACGGCUUCGUAACAUGAACUCUUUAGACAACAAGGACGUUUUUAAACCGAGUGAUAAGUAUAAUUUGGAUUCGCUGUUAACAGCCAAUCUGUGUCAGCGGCAAGAGGCAGAAGAAUCAAAGAGUGCAGCAGAAGAUCACACAGAACGACUAGUAGAUUUGUCUGGCCUUCUUAGUGCACAGGCUUUGGCUCCAUUAUUCGACGCUUACCAAGAAAACCUCCAGGAAAAAGAUAAUCUAAUAUUGGACUAUGAAAAGCAAUUUGAAAAUAUGAACAAGAAAUCUAAACAAAUCGUCGAAGAAAACAAAGCGUUCGCAGACAAAGUUAAUGCGCUCGAGGAGGAGUUGGUUAGAGUGAGACAGAGCUAUAAGAAACUGAUAGUUGAGAAAGAGACGGGUGAUAUUGAAAGAGCAACGAUGUUAGAGCGAGCGGAGAAGGCUGAGUCCAAAUUAAAAGAAGUUUACGAAUUGUAUGAGGAUAAGAUGUCGGCUCUGAUGCGGGACUAUGAGACGGUUCAUCGCGAGUACUACGCUAUGAAAUGUGCUCUGAAGUCCUCGCAGAGAGAAACCUGUCGCACCGUCCCCGCAGACCUUCACGAACGACGAUUGGAUGACUGCAAACGUUUACUCGAAGAAUUAAAACACCAAUACGCUAUAGAUUCAGAACGCAAAAACGAACAAAUCAAGAAGUUGGAAGACGACUACCGACAAACCAAUGAGAAGUAUCAGAAAGUUUGCGAAGAGAACGAAACUAUCAAAGAGGAAUUACGCUCUGCUCUUAAAAAUGUCAGAUUGUAUAGAAAAGCAGCUGUAGUUUUCCGUCAUAGAGCACGAUCCGCAGCCGCUAGAGCAAACAGAGUGCGGCGCAAACAAAAGCAGUCUAGCAACGAACCGCUGAAGAGAGCGCUCGAAGCGCUGGAGAAGAUAAAACUCGAGAUAAAGGCUGUAAAAACUCGCGCUCAUUCCUCACUAUCGGAGUUGGAGCGACGUAUCCUUCAUCAGGAACGCGAGGCUAUCGAAGCCCAGACUCAGUACAGACGGGAACUGGAGCGAGCUGAACUGGCCUUAAGACAUAAGGAAGGAGUUAUACGGAACCUAGUCGACAAGGUUGCAGAUGUCGAGGAAGUCAGAUUGAGUCAAGCAAAUGCUUAUCGUCUCCAGGGUAUAGUUUCCGACACAUCGGAUAACUCUCUCUCGCCCAAACAAGAGGAAAAGAGAGAGAAGGAAGAUAAAAAGUCAAAUGUUAAAGGUUCUUACAGAGAAAACGAUAAAAGAAAUAAAUAAUAGUCCUCUUCCAGCACAUACUCGUAGAGUUAGUUUAAGACAUACCUACAUAUAGUAGACUAGUGACCUUGAAGCAUCCAAACUUUGUAAAAGGGAUUUACUCGGUCCAAUGUGGCGCUGAUUCUGAUGACGUAUUUAGUUGGAAAAAUCGGCAAAACCAAAGUUACGAAAUAAAAAUAUACUGGAGUGUUGUUUGUGUAUUAUUUGAAUAUAUUUUUUCCGGACAUUGAUUGUUAUCAUAUUUAUUGCAAGGAAGUUAUCAAUAAAAUGUAUUAAAUCAUAA